AUCUACAAAUAUUGUUGAAAUAUGGCCGCGGUUGUCCUGAUCUGAAAUAUCAAUUCCACUGAUCCCUUUGCUUACAUGCAAUACUCUCCAAAAUGCCGAAAGAGUUAGGACCAUUACCUAAGGCGAUAAAAGAGGGAGAUGCUUUGAAGAAGAGGGUUGAAAAACUGGUGAAGGAAAGUAACAAGACCCUUGAUAACACCAAGCUGAAAGACAAGGAGGAAAAGCUGAGACAACUGUACAAGAACUGUUUUGACUUGAAACAAGAAGUAACUCCAUUGCUCAACACUGUAAAGGAGCUCAAAGAGGAAGACGAGCCAAGCAAAUUAAAGAACUAUGCUAACAAGAAAACAUUUGAAACAAAGCGCUUGGAAGUAUGGCAGACCCAACUGAGCGAGACGAUGACGAAGCUGCAGCCAGAUGAGAAUGAGGAACAGUAUCUCAAGAAGUUGCGUCGAGAGGCUGGGGAGGCGAGUGAGGAAGAUGAGGAGGAAGGUGAAGAAGAGGAAGUAGAGGAGGAGGAGGACGUGGAAGAAGAGGAGGACGAAGAAGAAGAGGAAGAAGAAGAGGAAGCUAAAGUCAAACCCACUGCCAAAAAAGAUAAACCCACUGCUGCCAAAACAAAAGUGGAUGAAGAUGAAGAUGAGGAUGAGGAUGAGGAAGUUGAAGAUGAGGAAGAAGAGGAGGAGGAGGAAGAAGAGGAGGACACAAAGCCAUCCCAACAAAAGAAAGCCAAGGUAGCCAAGAAAGCAGAAGAAGAAGAUGAAGAGGAAGAAGAAGAUGACGAGGAGGAGGAAGAUGAUGAAGAAGAUGAGGAUGAUGAUGAUGAGGACGAGGAUGAGGAUGGAGGAACAAAAGCAAAGAUUGAGACGACGCCCUCGAUGCGUCUGUUUGUUGCUGUGGACAGCUAUGGUGGCGAAGAGGAAGGAGAUCUAGGAUUCAAGAAGGGUGACAUCCUCACAGUAAUUGAGACAAGGGAUGAUGGAUGGUGGGUGGCCGAGAACAGCGAGGGGGAGAAAGGUCUUGUUCCCUCUACAUACCUACAGAUGCAUAACAAGUUCAAGUCUGUCCAGCAGGACGAUGAGGAAGAAGAGGAAGAUGAUGAUGAAGGUGAAGGUGGUGAUGACGAUGCUGCUGAUGGUGAGGAGAAACCCAGGUCAGCCAGAGCAAAGAAACUAUGGGGAAGCAUAAGAAAAGCAGUGAGUGAGACGACCGUGUCCGAUGUCCUUCACGCUAUGGGAGCUGUUCCAUCGGGGUUCAGACCAUCGACUUUGUCACGGCUCUUUAAUGAAGGGGAUACCUUCCGGCUGAAGAACUACCUGUCUCCGAAGCUGAGCGAAUCCAACCUCUCCUACAGGGAUCUCUUCUUCGAUCCACUCACGAACAAGAUUCGUCUUCGCAUCGCUCGUGUUGACAGAGUGGUGACAUUAGUGUCCUGUCAGCAGAUUCCGCCUCUAGGGUCAGGAAUAACCGUCCUGAGUCGCCAUGUGAGGAUGUGUCUGUUUGACGGCCACACGAUACUGAGCAACAUCCAUACAGUGAAGGUGUCCGCGGUGGACAAGGCACAGAGAACCUGGUCCUUCACUACCCGGGUAUCUGAUGCCAUGGAUCCCUUUUAUCAUGCGGAGACAUUUGUCCGCACUAACAACACAGUUAACAACCUGGGUAUACUGUUUGAGCUGUGUGUGUCUUAUGUCAGAACGAGUACUGAUGAGAAGGGAGAGGUCAGCUGUGGCUGGGCCCAUCUUCCUCUGUUGGACAAGACCGGCGCGGUCAUCACUAACAAGACGUAUGAGCUGCAGAUGAACGGAGGCACGCCGUACGAGAAGGGGGUGGAAGUGGACCCCAGUAUUAGCAGGAGAACAGCUGGCAGCAGUGCCCUGGUGUCCCUCAUCGGAGGAAACAAGCAGCCCCGCCUCCAAGUCCGGGUCGCUGUUCCAAAGAAUGACCAGAAACAGAAUCUCGAACAGCUGCCAGACACUCUGGUGGGGAACAUGGUCCUGGUGCCGUUCCACUGCUUCUUCCGGCAGCUUGUGGCCGACGCCCUCCUCCGAGACAGACUGGACUUAGAUUCUACUGAGUUGAUCCACAGCCCCACCCUCGCUACGUACCCCCGAGUCGCUGACCAACAUGACCUGAUGACAGUGUUACGGGAGGCGUGGGUGCUGAGACUGAAGACAGUGAAGAGAGUGGACCGAUUUAGUUGGUCAAACAACCACCUGAGGGACGAUGAGUUCAUGAAGGACACGUUUAAGAAGGUGUUCAUUGAGUCUGUGUACCCGCUUGUCAGCAUCGCCACCCUGCCCCACUAUGUCACAGGAGACACAGACACAGAAGAGGCCCGCAUUAUUGAGAUAGACAAGUUCCGGAGACAGAAGUUGGAGCGGAAGUCUGCCAUGGCCGCACUGCUCUCCUCCGACAUCAUCUUCACCCCCUUCAACCUCCAGGAGGUGGCCUUCAACGUCAUCGGACCCCACUGCCUCCCCAAAACCACACAUACGACAGCUGUAGAAGGCUGACCCAACUACCUACACUCUCUACCAGCAACUGCCAUGUGCCUCAUCACUUUCACAGCCACUCUUGCUCAGUGUGCCGCUCACAAUCAUCAACAAAUCCAGUAGGACUGGGACGGGUAACUCGGGUACUCAGGUCGGGUGGGUACUGAGUAGGACCCGGGUAGCUACCUGGACUUGUGGUUAGUGAUGUGAUAUAUUGUUUAGUGAGAAAAAUUCACUACUAUAACUCCAUGGUUACCAACAAAUCGCUAAUUCGGAUAUCUUUCUGACAAUAUCGUUUUAUGGUGUAUCUAAAUACUUUUUGCCAGGGGUCCGGGAACUAAUUCCUAAUCGAACAUUUUGUAACCAACUCUUGAGACCUACAGCGGGUUUCCGGGUUGGGUCGGGUAAUAGGGGUCGGGUACCCGGGUAGUAAAUUUGGGUCCAUUCCAGCCCUUAAAUCCAGUGUCAGUUACAUUUUUUAUCUAUGAGACUGAUUCGUUUGUGAUCAAGGAAGAGUCUCAUGAUUAUCAGUAGAGGGACAGAGUUCAACAUACUUUCCUGAUGCUAAAUCAAGCUCAUCAAGAAUAACAAACGUUUAUAGAUGCAUACCUGUUAGUGUUUCUCUUAAUAGGUCUUGACCGUAACGCGGAAGACUCGGGUUCGAUUCCCCACAUGGGUACAAUGUGUGAAGCCCAUUUCUUGUGUCCCACUCACUAACAGGUCUUGACUAGGUUAGCACGAAUAAUAAUAAUAAUAAUGUUGAUAAUGAUAAUGAUAAUAAUAAUAAAGUGUAUUUAUUAUGUGCUAUAUUCCACACACUAUCAUCAUUACCCUGGUCAGUGGAUCAGUGUGCUCUGAGCUCCCUGUGAGCACCAUCUCAUCCUACCGGGUACCCAUUUGCUGCUGGGUGAACACAGUGAUGGUUGUAUCACUGUUUGUAAAGAUAGUAAUGGUAAUACUCUUUAAAGAAAUAUUGGCACUUUUACUAUGGCUGAAGAAAAGUGGCUUUAAUGUCUCAUUCUGUCGUGUUAUUUUCCACUGAAGCUGUGAGGACAUUUUUACACUUGAGAAGGGCAGGUAACUCUCUAUAUACCGGGUAAUGCUAGCGGAAAGAUAUAAAGUUAUUGAAUGAAACAUAAGGCUUCUUUCUUUAUCCUUACAAGUAAAUAUAGAUUCAUCUAUCAAAUCAGAAUUCAGUUUUAGCAGCAAGGAACAUAUUCUUGUUUAGUUCACUGAUAUUACGUGUUUCUGUAUUUUAAAUAUUUUGUGAUAUGUAAAUAUAUUGUUGCUUCGUAUUGUCCAGACAUGUAGAUCCGUCCAGUGCAUCUUUGUUAUUUAUUUUAUGGAAAUAUGGACAAUAUAUAUGUAUAUAAUAAAGAUCAUCUUUGUA